AAGCACCGAGCCAAGCCGCACCGAGGAAGAUCGCUCUGCCCGACUGCACCGCGAUGGCGAGCUACUCCCGCCUGCUGCUGCAGAUGCUGCCGCUGCGUCGGUGGCCCCUGGCUGGACUCGGCCCCCUCUGGCUCAGCGAUGCACAGCCGGCCUGCCGGGUCCUGUGGCCGCCUGCCCACAGCCUCAUGGGCCGGGUGGUGAGCGACAUGGAGAAGCAGUUCCAAGAGAUGGAGAAGAUCAGCCGGGCCUUCUUCCAGGCCUCGCCACUCGUGUCCUGGGAGCGCGAGGGCCGGGCCGAAGCGUGCGACGCGAGCGAUGCCCAGGUGGCCAGCCGGGGCCAGCCGGAUGGGAAGUACCGCUUCUCCGUGGAUGUGGCCGGCUUCGCACCCGAGGAGAUGGAGGUGAAGCUGGACGGCAGAAGGGUGACGGUGACCGCCAAGCGCCAAAGGGAGAGCAGGAGCGAGGAGAGCGGCCACUGGCGGGAGCACCAGGAGCUGUACCGGGAGACACUGCUCCCACCCGAGGUUGACCUCCACAGCGUGACCUGCUCCUUAGCCCCCGACGGGCAGCUGUGCGUUGAGGCCCUGCGCCUGGCCUCCGCAUCAACCACCGGAAAGGCCAUCCCCAUUGAUGUGAAGCCAGCUGCACAGGAGACACCCAGCGGGGAGCAGAAAGAGCUGGGGGACAAGCCAAAGGACCCCUGAAGCCCGGCAACACGGCCAUCGUCCAGCCAACACCUGGGGUGCCCCAUGGGGUGCCACGUGGUCCCUGCGCCUAUGCAGAGUGCCUCUCACUCAGCCCGUGCACCUACCAGAGCCCUACUUAACAGCUGGCCUUGUCGGUAUUCCUUCCGUGCAAUAAAUCGUCUUCCUAUUUCCCCAGUGUGGUUGGAUUUUUUGCCUGCUGAAUUUUUCUCCGGCUGAAACGCUUUAGGGCAAAACAAAACCUAAGACAUAUGCUGGGCAGGAAGGGAGGGUGUGUGUGUGUGUGUGCAUUUUACUAUGCUCAACAAAGGGAAGGCUAAAGUAUGAGACAGAAUUGUGGAAACAGUUGAGGGAUUGCUAAUGUCAAAUUGCCAGCUCAAAAGUUGAUGUGUUUGUUUCAUGUAAAACAUUAGCAGUUAUUAAAACAAAGAAGCAAA